AAUCAAACAGCUGAUUUUAGGCCACGAAAAUAGCAAAACAAAUUUAUGUUUGCCGGUUCAACAAUUGUAAUCAAUCUUUAUCUUAACGACUAGUAAUAGAUUAUACAACUGAUAACGUUGGAUUCUACAAGGUGAUAAAGAAAAGAACAACAUUUUCCUUAGAAUAUUUACCAGCUUUUGGUUAUUGAUCAGUUCGAAGUGCAAAGCGAAGGAUUCGGAAGCUGAGAUGGAGAUACUGAAAGUAAGUGGUUACGAGGCAUUCCGCAAAACUGUGGAUAAGUUGACUCAAGAUGGUAGCAGCCAAGUGAAUGUGUACUUCACCGGCGAGAAGGAUGAAACGGGCAAGAGCUGGUGUCCUGACUGCAAUGAAGCUGAACCAUUUGUGCUUUCCGCUCUGAAUGAACACGCGGAUAAGAAUUCAGUGUUUGUUGUUGUUGAUGUUGGACCGCGCGCAUUUUGGAAGGAUAUGCAAAAUCCCUUUCGCAAGGACACUGUCGCUCCCAUCUCCGUUAUACCCACAUUGUUGCGCUGGAAGUCGCCGGCUCGCUUGGAUGGCGAACAAUGCGCGAAACCAUCGCUGUUGGAAAUGUUCUUCACCGAAGAACUGGAUUAAAAGAUAGUAAAAAAGAUUAUUUCAACUCAUUUCAUUUACAGGAAGCUUAUUUUACUUACUAAAAAAGACGUAAAAUGUAAAAAUCAGUAAAAAUAAAAUAUUUGCAAUACUUUUUUUUAA